GAAUUCGACUGAAAAUCUCAAACCCCCAAUUAAACCCUACGUCAAGCUCCUUCUCCGUUCGCCUUUCUUCCAUCGCCUUCGGUUCCUCCUCCUCGACUGCGAGACUCCGGCCGGUACUUCGUCGUCGACCGCCCAUUUGGCUUUGCGAAUCGCAGAAGGAGCCGGCGAGGAGAUUGGAGGCGAAUUUGAUAUCCAGGCGGAGGCAGAAAAUGUAUGUCGCGCUGAGGAUGGUAUUACCAUAAGACUGGAAUUAUUCGGGAUUUUGGCGAGUUGCAUGAAUUGUUGUCUUCAAUGAGACUGCAAAGCAUGAAGCUUGAUUUAGUUGUCAGAUCUGCAUAUGUUCGGCUCGGUCUCAGGGGCAUCACGGGGCCUUUGCAAACGCGCUCGUUCCAACAUGAUUUUGUCCCCAGAGAUCCCAAAGCCAAGCCUAAGAAAUAUAAAUACCCGGCUUUUUAUGAUCCGUAUGGCCCUAGACCUCCGCCCUCAGAUAAAAUCAUACAGCUUGCCGAGCGUAUAGCUGGACUGCCAGCUGAAGAGCGUGCCCAAAUUGGGCCUGCACUUCAAGAGAGACUAAAGCAUCCCAAGAUGCAGACGAUCUCUACUGAAGGCAUGGAUCUUGGCCCCCAAGGAGGAGCAGGUGCAGGAUCCGCCAAGGCUGAGGAGAAAAAGGCAGAGAAAACGGCAUUCGAUGUGAAGCUGGAGAAAUUCGAUGCAGCUGCAAAGAUUAAAGUGAUUAAAGAAGUCAGGGCAUUCACCAAUUUGGGGUUGAAGGAGGCUAAGGACCUUGUCGAGAAGGCCCCUAUUUUGCUUAAACAGGGUGUCACCAAGGAAGAGGCAAAUGGCAUAAUAGAGAAAAUAAAGGCUGCUGGAGGAGUUGCAGUGAUGGAAUGAGAGCUCCAACACGGAAUUGCUGUCAAGAGCAAUAUGGGUUUGGACUUUUUGUUGAGAUAUUCUGGACAAAUUAUGACCAUCUGAUGGAAUCAAGAAUUGCAGGAUGGCAUUCAAGUUGCAUUCAUCUGAAUACCUAGCUCAAACUUGCUAUACAGGUGGAGUAAUUCGCUUGAAUUUUGGUUUUAACAUGUUGUAAAAGUCUUCAUGAACUGUUGUAAGUUUCUUGCUAGAUGGGGAAAAAGGUGGGCGGCUGGUGUCGUAAUAAAGAACUGUUGCUCCCGGGGCUUGAUUGGAACCAACACAUUCUACUUUCAUGGCUGUCUCCGUGGUAUAUAUUCUUGCACUGAUAAUGAUGCUCGAAUUGUCUAAACAAUUUUAGUUGGAUUGAUGAGAUCAAACUCUCCUUUCUUUUUUCUUUCUU